UUUUGAAAAAAGAAAAGGAUAUUAACCAGAUUUUUAUUUAUUAUAUUUCUUCUUAUAUUUUGAUUUUAGACAUAAAGAAACAAGACAACAAAUUUUGUGGAAAUCACCUGAAAGAACAUGAUAGAUCAUCUGUUGUACCUGAUGAAGUAUUUAUGAGUAAAAGUUACCUAAAGAGUCGUAUGAAGAUACACGCUAGGGAGAAAUCAUACAUUUGUGUAGUAUGCAGAAAACAGUUUUCCAGUAAAAGUUACCUAAAAGUUCAUGAAAAGAUGCACACUGGGGAGAAACCAUAUGGUUGUGAAACAUGUGGAAAACAAUAUAGAAAAUGUUCUGACCUAAACAUUCAUCAAAGAAUGCACAGUGGGGUGAAACUGUACAGUUGUGUAGUAUGUGGCAAAGAAUUUAUAUGUAAAAAUUAUUUGAAGCAUCAUGAGAAUAUACACACCACAGAGAAACCAUACACUUGUGUUGUAUGUGGAAAAAAAUUUGGAAUGAAAAGUAAACUUAAAAUACAUGGGAGGAUGCAUACUCAAGAAAAGCCAUACAGUUGUGCUGUAUGUGGUAAAGAAUUUGUAUCUAAAAGUCACUUAAAGGAUCAUGAGAAAACACACACUGGAGAGAAACCAUACAGUUGUGCAGUAUGUGGCAAAGAAUUUAAAACUAAAAAUUACAUAAAGAGUCAUGAGAAGAUACACACUGGUGAGAAACCAUAUAGUUGUAUUGUAUGUGAAAAACAAUUUGGUACAAAAAGUAAUCUAAAUAUACAUCAAAGGAUACACACUGGGGAGAAACCAUACAGAUGUAUAGUAUGUUCCAAAGAAUUUACAAGUAAUAGUUACUUAAAGAGACAUGAGAAGAUGCAUACAGGGGAGAAACCAUACAGUUGUGUAGAAUGUGGAAAACAGUUUGGGACAAAAAGUAAUCUAAAUACACAUCAAAGGAUACACACUGCACAAAAAUCAUACAGUUAGUUACAUUGUGUUUGGCAAAGACUUUGCAAUCAAACAUUACCUGAGGAGUCACAAGGAGAUGCACACUUGGGAGAAACCAUAAACUUCUAUGAGAGAAAAAAACUUAUAGUUACUUAAAAGAGCUUUGAGAGGAUACCUACAUAGAUCAGAAUUAACAAUUAACCCAAUAAAUAAUAGUGUUGAAUCAGUGAUCAGUAGUUUUGAUUAAUCAGUUGUAUCUACUUCUAAAAAAUGAUCAUUGAUGCAUAUGAAGCUCUUAUUUCUACCUUUAUAUUAAUAUUUCAGUAUCUAGUUUGGCAAGUGGUAGCCAUUAAGAUGGACUGUAUUUUUAUCUAGUGGUUUUUAGAGGUUUAUAUUGUUUCUUAUUCAUUUAGUUAGCUCACAUUGGAAUAUUAGUUUGUGGUUUAAAUGCAUUAAUAAAAGUUAAACAGUAUACUCUGUAGAGCAUAAGAAAUAAGCAAAAUUAUUCUAUUAGUCUACUGUGAACUUAGGUCUCUCAGUGAACAUUAGAUUGAGUAACUGUGAAAUUUGUAGCAGACGAAAUAUAACAUUUUUGUUAACAUAACUGGA